AAUAAACAGUACCAUGUGAGAUGAUCCUGACAGUACCACGUGAAAUAGAUGAUGGCUUUCGUUUGAAGUUAAGGGUCGUACGUUACGAUUUUACCCCCAGAUGAAAACGUUUGGAACAAAUUUAAUGUAAUUUUUUCCCUUACUCCACUCGUGGUCUCGUUUGUGAAAUGUUUCAAAUUCUAUCAAUGUCCGUAGGUACUCUUCAUAGUGACAGAAGAAAAGAACCUUUGGCCGGUAUGCCUUGCACUCUUCCCCGGUAAAUAAAUCCAUUGUUCUACUCACUAUACCCCACUUCGUGUUCAUUUGGCUGGAAAUGAACAUGGCGGAGCUGAAGUGGAGCAGCAGCUGGUGAAACAGCUGAUCGUAACGGGCCCACAAAAGCCUGAUAAAGGAGAUAACAAUUCAAAAACCCACAAAUUCUGAAAACGCGGUGGUUCUAAAGGCCAAUUUUCUUCAAGUGACGUCAAAUGGAGGCGGUUUUCUUUGAAGCUAAGAAACAAACACACUGCAACUGGGGAGAGCAGAGAACUGCCCUUUCGAAAGGCAUAUUCAAAUUGACUCUGAACGAGUACAAUUACUUUGCGCGCUGUUUACCAAGGCAAUUAACUCAGUGUUGAGGGAACGAAACAGCUGUUAAAAGGAGUUUGUUUAAUGUAAUCGCAAAGUUAAUGUGUGAAGCGUCGUUCGCGUCUGGCUCACAAGGGUGGUUUGAGAUUUAUGCUGAGUCAAGAUUUCUGAUAAACUGGGACACAUGUAUCUCGUUUCGUCAUCGAGAUGAUGAAACUUUGAGUGAAAAUUAGCGAUCUUGGACUAUUCAAAGGAUAAUUACCCAGCUGAGGAUCUGAGCCAAGCGAUUUGUUGUAGAUAGCUUAAAUUGAAAGUACACUUGAUUUCAGAGAGAGAGUUUUCAAAUUAAAGAAUUCAGUCAAAUGACUACAUCGACCGGUUCAAGGCCUCUAAUGGAAAUGAACGCAGCGACGGCCGACGAUCCAGAGGCAGAUGCAGAUACAGAGGGAAGCGGAUCGUCAGAUAACGAAAACUCUCUACUUGAAGGCGAGCAGCCGACAUCUGCCGAUAAACAACCGCUGUCGAUGAAACGACGGAUUGCUUUGGUAGGCGCUCUGCUGCUCUGUGUGUUUACAAUAUUUGCGUUUGCCUUUUUGCUGCCCUGUCAUAAACCAAAGUGUCAGAAAGAUCCAGGCUGUCCUGGAAAGGGAGACCAGGCAUUUGUUAACUGGACUGACAAGUUGGGCGGUAUCACUCCGAUGAUGAUAUCACUGGUUGAUGUGACAGGAGAUGGUAGAGGAGAUAUUUUAGUUGAAUUUAAAAUUGAGGAGAAGGAGUCUGGGAAUUCAUCCUUCUUGAGACAGCUUUGUAAGAGCACAAAUUGCCUUGGUGCUGGUCUUAUGGCUAUACACGGUUCAUGUGGUUAUAGUCUGUGGGAUGUUAGUUGGAAUUCUUCCCUUGGUUUUCUUGCUUGUGAAAGAGUUACAGACAUGUCAGGCGUGAAGAGCAAUGGUCACUGCUUGCUUGUUGAAGAGAAAACAAAUCUUGUGCUUUUCAACUCGGAAAAUGGCACCACAAAAUGGCAGACACAUUCUAACAGUAAAGUUGAUUCAUUUAAAUUUGUCAAUGAUAUUGAUGGUGAUGGGGAAAGAGACAUUGUAUUUGUCCAGGAACAUCUCAAGGUUUAUGAAAAGGUGUACUCAGAAGGCAGCGUCAGUCUGGUAUCUGGAGCAACAGGAAAAAUUCUUGGCAACUCCCUACCAUUACCAGGCAGUCAUGGUGGCAGCAAUGUCCUUGCCGUCCAUGCUCCAUCAAGCAAACAACAAUUUGUGAUUGUCGGAUCAACAUCAUACAAGGGGAACAGUUCGUCACUAUGGGCUAUAUCAGUUUCUGAUUUACUAGAGAAAGUUAGAAAGCCGACAAAGAAGAUUCCAGGUCAACCAUGGGGAGACCAUACACCAGACUCGCUCACUGGUUUCAUCAGCGUUUUUAAAGAUACUCUCAUCCUGCUCGAACCCCUCCUGACAGACCUUGAUGGUGACGGGGUGAAAGAUGUUGUUUUUGUAAUCAAAGAAAAUAGCCUUUCUCUUUUGGCCAUGAAUGGAAAGGAUCUGGUGGUUAUGUGGAGGAAGGUUGUACCAUCAGAUGCUUCCAUCCACAAGUUGUUCCCGACUCAGCACACUGUUAAAGAAAACUCCACAGAUGUUGGUGUGUUUGUUUCUUAUGCUAAUCAUUCCUCUGGAAUCUUGGUCAUCGAUGGGCGCACAGGGGAGUUGAGCUGGUUGUUUCACAGUAUGGCUGGCCUACCUGUGGCACCAAUCCCUGUACCAGGAGACUUAAGUACACAACAGGCAUUUGUGAUGUGGCUUCCAAAGUUGGAGGCCCUGACUUUGAUUGUUAAACCCAGAAAGUCCAGACAAAUUCAGCAACAAGGCAGUGAUGGUAACUCUGCUGAAAAACCGAUAUCAAGGCAAAGACGCCAUCAAGAAGAGCACAAGAUAUUUUCUGUAUCGGAUAUUUCUUCUUUACAUCGGCUUUAUAAUCAGGAGUUUGACAAUGUCAACUAUGAUGACAAUUUUUUUGACCGCUUUAAUUCUGACAGCAGUGAAGAUGAGGAUGAGGAUAAGGAUGAUGAUGAUGAUGAUGAUGAUGAUGAUGACGGCAAUGGCGAUGUAGCCUCAAAGGAAUUUCAAGUUGCCUUUUUAUCAGAAAUUUUGAAGAAGUAUUCUGAUGAUCCUUCUUUUGCCUCUCAAAAGCUUUUCAACACUUAUGAAGAACAUCAUAAAGCUGACAACAAGUGGCUAGUUGGUCUCCCAUUGCAUAGGAGAGGUUACAAUGAGGAACUGAUUCCAAUCAGUGGUGAUGAGAAUUCUGAUGUUGUAGCUGAUCUAGACAUGCACACCACGGAUUUGGAAGAGGAACUCAGUGAUCUGCCCAACCACAAGAAAGACGAGACCAAUCACAAUGCAGAAGAAUCACAGGCCCCCAUGUCAAGAGACCAUUCUGUCCAUCCGUCCAAUCCAAAAGUACUCAAAGAAUUCCCUCCUGAGCCAACUAGAAGAGUAGAUGAGGAAAAUGACCUUCAAAUGACAUCAAAGAGCAACAUUCACAACCAGCAAUUUCCAACAGAAGAUGCCCUUCAAGCUAAUCUCAAAGAUGUGUCAAAGUUAGUGGCAGCUAAAGAGCCAUCUUACCACAAGAGAUCAGUGCAGUCCUCACAGUCAAGAUCACAGUGUGUCCAGAGUUCAAGUGACAACACAGAUUCCUUCAUGGCUGUUCUGUUGAUAAAAGAUGCUAAUGGGAGGCAGCUGAUUACUGAAAUAACAGAAGAAGGUCCCCUUUACCUAGGUCCUGAGGAAUAUGAAAAUUUGUUCAACGUCAAGGAAGGUGAUACCAAACCCAAAUCAUGUUUACGAUUGGUGCCCAGUCUCAUAUCAGAGCCUGUGCUUAGAGAUUCAGAUGAAGGCCUGGAUCUAGUGUAUACUGUCAGCUUUGUUUCUGAAGAUCAGUCAGUGCAUGUUGGGAAAAUUAGAAAAAUGUCCAUGACUGAUGUCUUUGGAGGUCUAGAGGGCAAAAUUGUUACACUGAAUACCAGAAGCCAUAAAUCUAAAAGGGAAAAUGAUCAUUCAUUCAGUUUUCCAAGAGUUUUAAAAUAACCACUGAAUUAAGCUUUACUUUGAAAUUAAGCUUUAGGUAAUAAUUGUUAUUGUUAUAUGGCUGUCUCACAAGGACUUGGAACUACCGAAUUCACAAAUUUGAUUGGCUGAA